GACUUGCGAGUAAAGACAUCCGCGAGAAAGGGAGGGGGGCGGUGAGGGUCAAGUACGGGGAAGUAGCGUAACAACUUUUUAGGAGUGGUGCUGUGUGAUCGACUUCCACGCUCAACUCACUCACACUGCUCUCAAGAACCCUAACCCAACCCAACCCCCGACACACCAAAAUUCUGAGCCUUCUUCGCUACCUUUCUUGCUGCUGCUGCUGCUGCUGCUGCUUCGACUCAUCUCGAUGAUCCAAUUUCUUUGCCUUGUCCCCUGAUUUCAAUCUCCCUUCCUGCUCUCUAUCUGUUUCGCCAUUCUUUUCCUACAUUUUUAAUUCGCUCAAGAAAUGGAUAUUGAGCAGAAGCAAACCGAGUUCAUCGAUCACUUUGUAAAGCAAGCGUCCUCCCUGAAAGGCUCCGCACUUUCGUCUGUUGUUACUGACGCCACUUCGCACCCUUCCCUCUUCGCCUUCUCUGAAAUUCUUGCCGUUCCCAACGUCGUCGAGCUAGAAGGAACUGAGCAUUCUGUAUAUCUUGACUUGCUUCGCUUAUUUGCAUAUGGAACAUGGAGUGAUUACAAGAGUAAUUCCAGCCGCCUUCCAGAAUUAGGUUCUGAUCAAGCCCUCAAACUAAAGCAACUUACUGUCCUUACAUUGGCUGAGACAAACAAGGUGUUAGCCUAUGACCAACUAAUGCAGGAAUUAGAUGUUACAAAUGUACGAGAACUGGAGGAUUUUCUUAUUAAUGAAUGCAUGUAUGCGGGAAUAGUCAGAGGAAAGUUGGAUCAGUUGCGAAGGUGCUUUGAGGUCCAAUUUGCUGCCGGUAGAGAUUUGAGACCUGGGCAACUUGGGGGCAUGAUACGAACACUAUCAAAUUGGUUGACUACAUCAGACAAUUUGUUGGUCUCAAUUCAAGAUAAGAUAAAAUGGGCCGAUAAUAUGAGUGAAUUGGACAAGAAACACAGAAAGGAUGUUGAAGAUAGGGUGGAAGAAGUAAAGAAGUCACUUUCCAUGAAGGAUGGAAGAAGUAAAGGAGUCACUUUCUUUGAAGUUACAAACUGUGAGCAGGCCAACAUUGACAUCCGAGAGCAUGAGGAGAUCUACUCUGAACCUGGUGGAGUAAUGGACUACGAAGAAGAUCGAAGUCGACCAAAGAGGAGACGACAUCCAAUUUCAUAGAGAUGUGCAUGUGGGAGUUGAAGAACAACCUCUUGUAAGAUGGAUGUCUAAACAACUGCCUGAUUUUUGUUCCUGGCAAAAAAAAAAAAAAAAAAAAA